GAUUUUAUUUUCAACGCAAAACAUAUUAUCAAGGAAAAUCAUAUUAUCAUACGACAUAGUCUCAAUUUACAACAAAUCAGUCCGAAAAUGAAGACCACUCCGAAAGUAUACGUGAUUGGUGUUGGCAUGACCAAAUUCGAGAAACCGGGACGAAGAGAUGACUUUGAUUACCCGCAAAUGGUUAAAGAAUCGGUGUCCAAAGCUCUUACAGAUGCAAAUAUCAAGUACACUGAUUUGAAACAGGCUGUUGUUGGUUAUGUUUAUGGUGAAUCGACGAGUGGACAGCGAGCAUUGUAUGAAAUUGGAAUGACCGGCAUUCCAAUUUACAAUUGCAAUAGCAACUGUUCGACAGGUGCGAAUGCAUUAAUAUUGGCCAAACAACUUAUUGAAACGGGACAAAACGAUUGCGUGUUGGCUGUUGGUUUCGAAAAAAUGGAGCGAGGCUCGUUAGGUGCCAAAGUAAUGAACACGAUUGAUAAAGAAAACUCAAUUGAUUAUGAUAUUUAUGAAUUACACUUACAUUUCCAGUAUACUGACCGGACGUUGCCAAUGGAUAAGCACAUCGAACUGAUGUCUAACCAUUUCGAUAUUACCGGUGCUCCAAUGACAGCACAACUCUUUGGCAAUGCUGGCAUUGAGCACAUAAAAAAGUACGGCACAAAGCCUGAACACUUCGCAAAAAUUGCCCAAAAAAAUCAUAAACAUUCCGUAAAUAACCCAUAUGCUCAGUUUCAAGAGGAAUAUAGUUUGCAACAAGUUCAGAGUUCGCCGCAAGUUCAUGGAUUAUUGACUCGUUUGCAAUGUUCCCCCACAUCCGAUGGAUCAGCUGCGGCAAUUUUAGCAUCCGAAGACUUUGUUCGGCGUAAUCGUUUAGAAUCAAAAGCAGUUGAAAUUGUUGGCAUGGAAAUGACCAGCGAUCCAGCUUCUACGUUCUCCAAUAACAGUAUGAUUAGUGUUAUUGGCUACGACAUGACGAAAUUGGCGGCCGACCGGCUUUUUGCAAAAACACAAUACAAACCACAGGACGUUGACGUUAUCGAACUGCAUGACUGUUUUUCGACAAAUGAGCUGAUUACCUAUGAAGCGCUAGGACUAUGUGGUGUCGGACAGGGUGGAACUUUAGUUGAUCGUGGUGAUAACACAUACGGAGGCAAAUUUGUUAUCAAUCCAAGCGGUGGUUUGAUUUCCAAAGGCCAUCCUUUGGGUGCCACUGGACUUGCACAGUGUGCCGAGCUAACAUGGCAAUUGAGAGGGGAAGCGGGCAAACGUCAAGUUCAAGGUGCUAAGCUAGCCUUGCAACAUAACAUCGGUUUGGGUGGUGCAGUCGUAGUGGGGCUUUAUCGUCUGGGUUUCCCGGAUGCUGCGGCUGUCACUGACACUGCCCCAAAGACAUCUGCACAGAAUAAAACAUUGGGCGGAACCAAUACAGCGGCGAAUCAAUUCAGCCCCGAUGGAAAGGGAUUUGCGGUUACGCCCUAUUUACGUGUUCUCGAAAUAGCGAUGCAAGAAGAUCAAGAUAAUUUAAUUGAAAGAGUGCGUGGAAUUUAUGGCUUUCGUGUUACACACGGUCCCAAUGGCGCCACUGGGUACUGGAUAAUCAAUGCUAAAACUGGAAAGGGUUCGGUAACAUAUAAUGGCAAAGAGAAGCCGGAUGUAACGUUUGUAAUGAAAGAUAAUGACGUGGUUGAGUUAAUUUCUGGAAAACUUCAACCACAGAAAGCAUUUUUCCAAGGGAAGGUGAAAGUGCAAGGAAACAUGGGUCUGGCGAUGAAACUGAUUGAUUUGCAGAAAACUGCACAGAGUCGUAUUGAGGAACUUAAAGCUAAAUUGUAAAUUGUAAUUUGAUGAAACUACUAUGUGGGGAUAUAUGGGGAAAUUUUCAAUCGCAAAGCGAAUACUCUUUCUAUUUGUAUCUUGGAACUGAUGUGGAAAAUGUUGGUUUUGGUGAUAUUUUAAUAAAAACAUCUGCAACUUAUUUGAUUUGCUGUCA